AUGCACCUAGUACCCCUACCACCCAAUCGCGCCGCCAGAGCACCCUUGGGCAGGUGCGAAUGCUACGGUAAAGCAGGCUUCGAGGGGAGUUGCGACGGCACAGGGCAUCGACAAGCGAGCUCGAUAAACUUCGGCUCAAUAGAGGCGAAUCAAGCGCCCGAGAAAAAGGCAGAGGUAGCCACCCCGCCCCCCACCGCACCUACCCCUGCCACGGCCCCUGCUGCCACAUCAAAACCCGCACCUGCUCCCGUAUCCCCAGCCACGCCUACCGCCACCCAGCCAUCAACCAAUGGGAUCAAAGUAGUUGCACCUACUCCUACUCAACCGAUGCCGACGAGCACGGCCCCGGCGACGACGACUGCCUCGACCGGAGCGUCGACGGCUCCAGCCGCAGCGCCCACACCUCCCGGCACGACCCCUACGCCUAGCAAGCAGAAAAAGCUUAAUGUACAUGCACUCUUUCAGGGCGGGGGUCCGCCCUCAGUCACUGCCACCCCUGCGGCGCCCUCUAGCAUACCCAGCACGAGUGCGCCAGCCAACCAGCCGCCAACGGCAGUUCCCUCGGCUCCUCGCGGGCCAGCUCCGGCUUUAGUGAUCGCAACAAUCCUGCCCCGUUCCCACGCAGCCCCCAAAUCGGCCGGCCGCCUUUGCCCGGUCCGAAUACGAGCGGUGCAGCAUCACCAGCAUCCGAUGGCCCACCCUCACCAACAUCAUUCUCCCCAUCCUGGUCAUCCGAUGCCACCGGCUCCCCAAUGGGGGCCUACUGGAUAUUACUACCCGCCGCCUCAUGACUAUAAUCCGUACAUGUACUGGGGCGGUCACCCACCACAUCAACACCAACAUCACAUGCCUCCGAUACACCAGCCCCCUAUGCAGCCUUCUCCACGAACACAGCCCGCUCAACCUCGCCCACCAUCUACUCCUCCUGCGACGAAUAAUGCGACCCCCCAUACUCUGCCUCCUAUCACAACUAGCGCCCUCCAAGCUCUUCCGAGUGCGCCAUCUCCUUCGCUUAGUGUUAAUGCUCCUACGUUUGUUCCGGGCGGUUUGCGUCGUCCUACGAAUCCCGUCCGAAUUAGCACUCCCGGCGGUGAUGCAUUAACGUUUGAAGGCGUCCCAUUAUCUCCCAAGGUCUCUACUCCGAUACAACCCAAGCGCCCGAACGUCGUGGUACGCAUGGAGACCGAGCAGCAGAAGAACGAACGCUUAGCCAGAGAGAAGGAAGAAAAGGAGAGAUUGGCCAAAGAGAAGGAGGAGAAGGAGCGCAAGGAAAGGGAGAGAAUUGAGGAGGAGAAACGAGCCAAGGAGGAAGCUGAGCGCAAGGAGAAGGAAGAGGCCGAACGUAAAGCCAAGGAGGAGGCCGACCGAAAGGCAGAGGCCGAGCGCAAGGCCGAAGAGCGCAAAGCAAAAGAGGAGGAAGAAAAGCGGAUCGCUGAAGAGCUACGAGCUAAGGAAGAGGCAGAACGCAAGGUCAAGGAAGAGGAAGCGCGAAAGGCCCGGGAGGAGGAGGAACGCAAAGAGCGGAGCGCAAGGCGAAGGAGGAAGCUGAACGAAAGGCCAAAGAGGAGGAAGAACGAAAGGCGAAAGAAGAAAUGGAGCGCAAGCUCAAGGAAGAAGAGGAACGCAAGGCUAAGGAAGGCCGAGGCUAAAGCCAAAGAAGAGAAGGCUAAAGCAGAGGCCGAGGCCAAGGCUAAAGCAGAGGUUGAUGCUGCUAAAGAAGAGGCCGAGGCUAAGGAGGCUGCUACCGAAGAGGCGCGCGAUACUGUUCCCGCAUCUCCCAUCUCUUCCCCAAAACCUCCCAAUGGCCUGUUACCUUCUACCAUUCCCGACCGUCCAUCACCUCUAUCCAAUUCUACUACGGCUCCAGGACGCCCAUCCCCUCUUUCCAUUACGACCUCCCAGGCCAACGAGCGGCCCAAGCGUCCUGUUCCUGGUCCCUUGGAUCUUACCUCUGCACAGGGCAAUCGUAGUGCUGCGCCCCCCUCUGCACUGGCUAGCGCCCGGAUCAUUGAGGACUUGAAUGUAGUCCCAUACCCCGAGACCAUCAAGACACCCAAUCCGGAUCUUAAUAUUGCGGCCACUCCUGGCAAGUUUAGAUAUGAUCGCGAAUUCUUGUUGCAAUUUGAACGUGUGCAAAGAGAAAACCCGAUUCGCUCCCUCCCCUCGAUGCUAUCGGCCUCGAACCCGGCGAACAGGGUGCAGGGUAUCCCGGUGGCGCGCCGCCAGGGCUCUGUCGGACUUGGACUCGGCCCCGGUCUUGCCAAGGGCGGAUUCGCCAUGGGCAAUUUCCAGUCUCCAUCUUCCUCUCAAGCUCGGUUCGAUGCCUCCAAUGCGGCCAGGUCUGGCAUGGCCUUUGGCAGUGGUGCAGCUGGUCGCCUCACACCCAUGUCCAGGAGCGCGAGUCAAGGGGCGUUGGUGGCGCAGGUCCUCUGGAUUCCAAACUCCUGCGAAUCAACCGCAAACCUUGAGCCUGUUGUUCCGCUCGAACAGAGCGAGAACCGUUGGGUCGCCGGGAGCACCUUGCGCACGCCCCAGCAACUCGAAGAGCGCCAGCUUAUUAUCGAGUGGGCUAACAAAUCUGAGCAAGAAAAGGACGGGAGCACCCUUAUGCAAGUCAUCAAACUCGUUUUCGAAAAGGCCAAGGACGAAGCUGCAUUUAGCGAGAUGACGAGACAAUUCGCAACUCGGAGGGUCAACCAAUCACUGGUGGGAUGCUAUUCCGCAAGUACUUGCUUAACCGAUGCCAAGAAGACUUUGAGCGCGGAUGGAACGCCCAAGGAGGCCGCUCUUGCUGCCGCUGCCUCGAAAGCAGGGGAAGACAAGGCUGCUGAAGCCGCGUCCACUGAAAACGGCGAGGCGGUCUUGUAUUCUGACGAGUAUUAUGCUGCCGCCAAGGCCAAGCGUCAAGGUCUCGGUUUGGUCCGAUUCAUCGGUGAACUGUUCAAGUUGCAAAUGUUGACGGAACGUAUUAUGCAUGAAUGUAUCAAGAAGUUGCUUUCGAACGUGGUCAACCCCGAAGAAGAGGAAAUCGAGAGCUUGUGUAAACUCUUGACGACCGUUGGGCAGAGCCUGGAUAACCCCAAGGCGAGGAAUCAUAUGGAUAUCUACUUCGAGCGUAUGCAGGAGAUGGCCAAGGGCAGCAGUAUCAACUCUCGUAUGCAGUUUAUGUUGCAGGUAAGUCGCCAGACGUUAUCGAACUGCGUGCGCGACACUGGCAAGCACGUUCCGCCGCCCCUCGUCCCCCUCCGACACACCAAGAUUCCUCUCGACGACUCGGGUCGACACGGUGUUUCUCGUGGCGGAUCCCGACGAGGUGAGCACCGCGGUGCUAAUGCGACCGAACCCGAUGGUUGGAACGUCGCUGGUGGAGCUGGGGCCAGUCGACCACCCGCGCGUGCAGGCGAUCUCUCUCAAUUUGGCAAAAUUUCCAAGCCAACUGGCAUCCAAUUCGGCCCUUCAAGUGUGUUUAGCAAGAAAGAUGCGAACAAACGUGAUUCGAGCAUCGGCCGCGCCUCCGGUGCGAACAUGUUCUCUGCUCUGAGCGGUGGAACUGUCGAUGGACCUCCCCCUCCUACCGAGCGCACAGCGAAUAGCCGCAAGCCUAGCGUUGACCUUGGACCCGGUGGAUCCCCUGUUGUUGCGGGCGCCGGAGAGAGGAAGAAGCUUAAUUUGUUGCCAAGGACCAAGCCCACUGAGGCCGACAACGACAAGGGCGAUGGCAAGGAGGAAGAUAAGGAAGAAGACAAAGAGGAAGCACCAGAGGAUGUCAAGGAAUAUCUUGGUGUCGAGAACAUUGAUGAAGCAAUUUUAGCCCUCGAAGCUCUUCCAUCCGAGCAUCGGCACUUGUUUGUUGACAAGCUUGUCAAUGCUUCCAUGGAUGGAGGAAAUAAGGUUGUUGUCCUUACUGAGAAGCUUUUCUCUGCUGCUCGUUCUCGAUCUGUCAUUUCCCCUGAAGGAUUUGAGCGUGGCAUGAUUCCCACCAUCGAGAUGGCCGACGACUUGAGCAUCGAUGUACCCAAAACGUACGAAUGGCUCGCGCGUAUGAUCCAUGCUGCUGGGCUUGAUAGGGCCGGGGCUGAAGAGAUGGCCAACAAUAUUUCCGUAUACGGCGAGCCUCCCGUCCCGCCAAGAGAGCUCCUGCUAAAGGAAUUCGAAAAAGUAUCGUCGGCAUAG